AUGGCGUCGCCGGGCGCGCCUGCUCGCGCCCAGCUGGUUCCCGCGGCGUCCGGGCCUCGGAGGAAGCGCGCAGCCGGCGAGGCUGGGGCUGCGACGGGCCGGCAGCGGGUCCUGGACGAAGAGGAGUACAUUGAGGGCCUCCAGACAGUUAUCCAGAGGGACUUCUUUCCUGACGUGGAGAAGCUGCAGGCACAGAAGGAGUACCUGGAGGCAGAGGAGAAUGGAGACCUGGAGCGGAUGCGCCAGAUUGCCAUCAAGUUCGGCUCCGCCCUGGGCAAGAUGUCCCGAGAGCCCCCACCACCCUAUGUCACGCCGGCCACGUUUGAAACCCCUGAGCUACACACAGGCCCCAGCGUGGUGGGCAGCAAGGCCAAGGCCCGGGGCCGCGGCCUGGAGGACGGGGAUGGAGAGGCCGCGGAGGAGGCGGCGGAGCCGCUGCCUAGCCUGGACGUUUUCCUGAGUCGGUACACCAGCGAGGACAACGCCUCCUUCCGGGAGAUCAUGGAGGUGGCCACGGAGAGGGGCCGGGUGCGCCAUGCAUGGCUCUACCAGGCCGAGGAGGAGUUUGAGAAGAGGCAGAAGGACAGUCUUGCGCUCCCGUCGGCUGAGCACCAGGCGGUCGAGAGCGGCCAGGCCGGAGUGGAGACCUGGAAGUACAAGGCCAAGAACUCCCUCAUGUACUACCCAGAGGGCGUCCCCGACGAAGAGCAGCUGUUCAAGAAGCCACGGCAGGUGGUGCAUAAGAACACGCGCUUCCUCAGGGACCCCUUCAGCCAGGCCCUCAGCAGGUCGCAGCUGCAGCAGGCGGCCGCCCUCAACGCACAGCACAAACAGGGCAAGGUGGGCCCCGACGGCAAGGAGCUCAUCCCCCACGAGUCCCCCCGAGUCGGCGGCUUUGGAUUCGUCGCCACGCCUUCUCCUGCCCCUGGUGUGAGUGAGUCCCCGCUGAUGACCUGGGGGGAGGUCGAGAACACACCCCUGAGAGUGGAAGGGUCGGAUACGCCCUACGUGGACAGGACCCCGGGGCCAGCCUUCAAGAUCCUGGAGCCGGGCCGCAGGGAGCGGCUGGGCCUGAAGAUGGCCAAUGAGGCCGCUGCCAAGAACCGGGCCAAGAAGCAGGAGGCCCUGCGGAGGGUGACGGAGAACCUGGCCAGCCUCACCCCCAAGGGCAUGAGUCCCGCCAUGUCUCCGGCCUUGCAGCGCCUGGUGAGCAGGACGGCCAGCAAGUACACGGAUCGAGCCCUGCGGGCUAGCUACACCCCAUCCCCCGCCCGCACCAGCCACCUCAAGACCCCAGCCAGCGGGCCCCAGACCCCGACGAGCACGCCAGCCCCUGGCUCGGCGACACGCACCCCGCUCAGCCAGGACCCGGCCUGCAUCACGGACAACUUGCUGCAGCUCCCCGCUCGGCGCAAGGCCUCAGACUUCUUCUAG